GGUUUCGGACAGCCGCGUCUUGUGAGCAGACGAUGUUCAGCAGGGCCUUGGAGUUACCUGCAGUAUGUGGAGAAAACCCAGCUAUAAAACCCCGUGACAAGUUGAUCAAGUUGUGAGAAUUAUGCGGUGUGUGAAAUAUUCCGACGUGGGUUGGAAGUAAGAGCAGACGACACAAGCUAAAAGCGCCAGUUGGCACUGUGGAGGCGAGGUGACAGCUAGACACCCCGCUUCAGUCCUCCUGCUCAGUAGGCAAUACCAUUGGGCAACAAUCGAAAUUGGAUGAGUGUCUUUGAGCGACGGGAUUGCUCAAUUAAAGAUUGUUCAUGUUUAUUUCGAGAUUUUGUGCACUUGUUCCCCUUCCGUGUACCUUCAAUGAAAUAUGCCAGAUCUUCUAGGGAAUGGGAACAGUAAGCAGUUAUAUCGCAGUUUGCCCCCCCUCCCGUGGGGCUUCGGUGGACGCCUACAGUGCCUACGGGGUCGACGCACACGGUAUUGGCCUGCUGUGUUAGUGUUUCUUCUCGUGACCCUGGAGAGUAUUGCGCGUGGGUCCGUCCUAGCGAGCACGUGCUCCUAUCUGGGGUACUAUCUUGAUAAUGCGUCCGUUUCCUCAACCCUCUACCCGUGCCUUAGCCUCACGACAGAUCUAAACAGACAGAUUUGUGACAAGCAAGUUAAGGCGAGAACGAAAAUGAUACGCCGAAGAAACAUACGGCUAAAAUUGUGUUCCUCGUAUCCUAUAUAUUCCCUUAUUAGCGCUUCCAAUAGGGAGAACCCCUGCAAAGUCGCCGGCUCCAUGUCGGAGUGUACUAAUUGUUUGGACAGACUUCUAGCCAUAGACCUGGAGGUUGAACAUAGCAUAAGCGGCUUUCAGGACAUUUUAGAACGGAUGGAUUGUACGGACCGCUAUUCGGUCAAAUGGAAUUGUACGCAUUGUAAGACAGCCUAUAAGGAAUGGUUGUGUGCCACCAAGUUGACAUACUACCACAACAACAUGGACCAGCCAGUGCCUCCGUGUGGAGACUUCUGCUCUAAAGUGGAGAAAAUGUGUCCAUUCUUUCGUCCUGACAAUGAUGAUACACAUGCUGGGGAUCCCAGUUUUAUAUGCAAAGACCCUGAAAUCGCCUCCCAGUCUUCAUUGUACGGCAAUCCCCCGGGUUGUUACAAGCUGUGCCAUCUACUGGCUGACUACAAUGACGAGCAUUGCCAUAAGAUCAACCUCUCGAGUAAUAAAAACCUGACUGUCAACGCCACUGUCGCCACAUCAUCCGCGACUGCAACAGUGCAUCAUCGGUGUUACAGCGUAGUUACUGUGAUACAGUUUAUACUUUUCAUGUUGACAGUGCGGACUGUUUUACGACAUACGUCCUUAGGCUUGACAUAGGUAUACGCAUUCGUGUAGGCAUGCUUUAAAUAAUUAUUUAUCAUAAUGCUGUGUUAUGUGAUAAAUUUAUUCUCUCGAUCUGCAUGGUGGCAGAUGGGAAGGAGGACGAAUUCGUCUCGACAUCGUGCAACCGGUCAACGGGUAGACCAUCCAGUGAGGAUGAUCGUGGGAUAGUGGUGAUCUGUCGUGAAGAGUGGGAUAUCAGGGUGGUAAAUUGACGAUUCUUGACUCACAGGUCAUGUGACCAGUGGCGAAAGCGCCACCUAGUGAGCAGCUCAGUGUUCCACCAAUGGAGGGUCUCGGGGUCGUGUCCCCAGGUUCCAGUUCCAGAAGGGAGUGACGUUGCUUUAGGCUUUGUGAUUCCCAAUGAAAAGCAUCAUGUCUGCCGUACAGGAAGUGAUUACAUGGGAAUGAUGGGAUAUGUGAAUCAGCCAAUCGUCUCUGCUUCCAGAAUCGUUAUAGAUAUAAUUUCACAAGUGUUCCAUCAAUGUGUAUAUGUGUAGACUGUUAAUUAUAUGCAGAAUGAAAUCAUGUGAUCAUUAGAAAUGGCUGUUUUCAUGGAAUGCUGGGAAGUGUAUCAGCCAACAAUCGGGAGGCAUGUACGCAGUGACAAUGCUUCGUUCACACGGUGCAAGGAGAGGAUUAUCUAAGCAAGCUUCAUACUGUGGGAUAUACCGAGAUCAGCUUCCGGGGAAUUAUGAAGCACAUACACGAAGAAUGUUGAAAUUUAUUAUGCGUAGUCGUCCAAAUGGAAGUGAGACACAGCAGAGUGUAUGUAUGUAAGCCGUGUGUGUUAGCCAGUUGUGUCAUGGUGUAUAGGAGUCCAUGGGAUAUUUUUCAUGGGCGCACAGUAUAAACAUGUGUUGUUCUAAAUGGUGCCGGGUUCUGCGCCAUUGGACGUCAUCGAUUAUGGCGCCACUUGUUAUGUCCAUGGGAGAUAACUCUUCAACUUCUGUGGAGAAUGGGAGGUAACUCAGAUAUUAAAUAUGCAUCCUUGCUUUAUGUUGGUGUGAAUAAGACAAUCUCAGAGAGACAACGCUCUCUUGUGGAAUUCCGCGACAUUGAACUACAUUCUACUGUUGCUAGUAUAGAUGAUCAAUUUUAGUUCAAUUUUUGUAGGUAGUUAGAAGGAAGAUAGUAUUUUUUAUCCAACAAGUGUGAUAAAUCAAGUAGUUUGUAUUUAUGUGUAGCAUGACAUCUGCUCAAUACUGACCGGAUGACCAGGCCUUGGGUGCAGGAACGUCUGAGGACAAGACACUUAUGUAUCCUUGGAAUUGGGGAUAAAAUAGUAGCUCGGGACGUAUCCUAGCAACAAUAGUAUUAUCAUCAUCUCAUUUUUUUAUAUGGAUGUGUGAUUUAAGAUCUGUACAUGCCAUCUGAUGAAAUCAUACUUUUGUACCUUUCAUGAAUCAUGUGAAUCCUAUACAACAUGUGAAUACUUUUACAACACAUGGAUACUCAUCACAUGU